AUGUGGAUUUCUUCGUUUGUCUCCUCUGUUUUGAGAGAUGACGAGCUGUCGGAGAAUGAAGAAGAACAGCAGCAGCAGCAGCAGCAGCAACAGCAGGUGCAGCAGCAGCAGCAACAGCAGCAGCAGCAACAGCGGCAACAGUUAGGUGGAGGGGGCGUAGAGUUGCUCAACCAGGGAGCCGCACAAGCAGCAAAACCGGCAGCUGUUGCAGCAACAGCACUAAAAUCACCUUCAGCAGCAGCAGCAGCAUCAGCAGCAGCAGCAGCAACCUCUGGGCAGUCCAGCUAUGCCGCGCUGCUGCAGCUCGUUGAGCGGCAGCAGCAACUGCUGCAGCGGGAAGCGCAGGAGAAGCAGCGACUGGAGCAGCAAACAACAGAUCUGGAACGUACGCUGCAGCUGCUGCAGCAACAACUGCAGCAGCAGCGCCAGCAGCAGCAGCAGCAGCAGGCGCAGCAGCAGCAAUCUGUUGGUGACGAAAUUCACCUCGAUGAUGACUGGGGAGUUUCUACAGAGGAGAAGGGGAAGGAGCAGCAGCUGCAGCAGCAGCAAGGGCAGCAACAGCAACAACACCAUGAGCAGCAGCAGCAGCAGCACCUGGCGCUCCUGCAGCGGCAAGAGCUGCAACUGCAGCAGCAGCAGGAAAAACUGCAGCAACAGGAGAAACUGAUACAGCUGCAGCAGCAAGAGCUUGAAAAGGCCCAGCAGCAACAGCAGCAGCAGCAGCAGCAAAGCGCUGAGGAACAUGCCGCCCUGCAGCAGUGUAUUGUGCAGCUGCAGCAAGAGCUGCAGCAGCAACAACAGCAGCAGCAAAAACAGCAGCAGCAGCAGCAGCAUGAGCCAACCCAUGAGAGGGAACGGCUGAUUGAGGAGCUGCAGCAGCAGCACGAGCAGCAGCAACAGCAGCUCCAGCAGCAGCAGCAGCAGCUCCAGCAGCAGCACGAGCAGCAACAGCAGCAGCUCCAGCAGCAGCAGCAGCAGCUCCAGCAGCAGCAGCAGCAGCUCCAGGAGCAGCAGCUGCUGCUGCAGCAGCAGCAAGAGGAGCUGAGGCAGCAGGCACUCCUAAGGCAGCAGCAAGAAGAUUUGCUGCAGCAGCGAGAGCGGCUUAUUGACCAGCUGCAGCAGGAACAGCAGCAGCAAGCAGCACAAGAGGAGCUGCUGCGGCUCAAGCAGACGAACGCCGAGCAGCAGCAGCAAUUGCAGCAGCAGCAACAACAACUGCAGCAGCAGCAACAACAACUGCAACAACAACAACAGCAACUGCAGCAGCAGCAACAGCAACUGCAGCAACAGGAACAGCAGGAGCAGCAGCAUGAACAGCAGCAGGAGCAGCUCCAGCAGCAAUUACACCAGCAGCUGCAGCAGCAGCUGCAGCAACAGCAGCAGCAGCUGCAGCAACAGCAGCAGCAGCUGCAGCAGCAGCAGCAGCAGAACGAAGCACUGAUGCUGCAGAAGCGAGACCUUGAGGUACUGCUGAAGGAGCAGACAGCAAGGGUGACGUCGCUGCAGCAAACUCUUGAGGAGCAGCAGCAACAGCACCAACAGCAACUGCAGCAACAGCAGCAGCAGCUGCUGCUGCAGCAGCAGGAGCUUGAGCGGCAGCAAGAGCAGCGACAACAAGAGCAUGCGGAUCGAUUGCAGCAGCAGCAGCAGCACUUCGAAAAGAUCCUGCAGCAGCAGCAGCAGGAAAGGCAGGAAGAAGUAGCAGCGGUGCAGCAGCAACUGCAGCAACUGCAGCAGCAGCACCAAGAUAAGCAGCAGGAGGGCAAGCAGCAGCAAGAGCUGCUGCAGCAGCAGCUGCAGCAGCAACAGGAGGUACACGAAAAGGAGGUGACUACGCUGCGGGAGCAAGUUCAAUUGCUGCUGCAGCAACAGCAACAGCAGCAGCUGCAGCAGACUGCAACUACUCAGCACGUUGAAGAGCUGCAGCAGCAGCUGCAGCACGCAGAGCAGCAGCGCGAUGCCCUUCAGCAGCAACUGCAGCAGCAGCAGCAAGCUGCUCCCGUUGAGAAGAUGGAGGAGCUGCAGCAGCAGCUGCAGCAGGCGGAGCAGCAGCGUGAUGCCUUACAGCGGCAGCAGGAGCAGCAGGAGCAGCAAGCGAAGAAGCAACGAGAGCAGCAGCAACAGCAACAAGAACAAGUGAAUGGCAUGCUGAAGCAGCUACAGGAUGAACAUGCUGCACUGCAGCGGGAGCUGCAACAGUUUGCUGCUGAGGUGCAGCAAGAGCAGCAGCAGCACCAACAGCCAGAGGAGCAGCAGCAGGCGCAUUCGUUGCAGCAGCAUCUGCAGCAGCUGCUGAAACGCUACAGUCAGACCGCUGCAGAGAAGGAAGCGCUGCAGCGCCAGCAGCAGCAGGCGGAGCAGCAGCAUGUGCAGCAGCUGGAGCAGCAGCAGCGAGAGUUUGAGAAGCAGCAACAGCUGCAGCAGCAAGAGAUCGAGCAGCUGCAGCAGCAGCUGCAGCUGAUGCGGCAAGAACAGGGCUCGCCACAGCAACAAAGGCAGCACGGCAGCGAGGCGGGGAGCGGAGCAGCAGACUCGCGUCAGCAGCAGCAGCAGCAACAACAACAACAACAGCAACAGCAGCAACGCCGCCUGCAGCAGCAAGAAGUUCUACUGGAGCAGCAGCAGCAGCAACUACAUCUCCUUGAAGAAUUGCUUGAAGACCGGGACGACGAAAUAAGAGAACUGCAGCGGCAAGCUGAGCUGCAGAUGGAGCAGCAGCAGCAGCAGCAGGAGCAAGCGCAGCAUGACAUACGAGCCGCAGCAGCAGCAGCAGCAGAUUCAGCAGCAGCCGAUGCAGCCGCAGCAGCCACUGCAGCACAAGAGGAGGCCGUCUUGUUUCAGGGUCAGCUGCAGCAGCGAAUCCAGCGUCUGUCGGAGCAGUGUGAGCAGCAGCAGCAGCAGAUUCAGCAGCAGCAGCAGCAGAUUCAGCAGCAGCAGCAGCAGAUUCAGCAGCAGCAGCUGCUGCUGCAGGCCCCACACAACGAGCCUCAUACCAACGGUGUCCAUACGCUCCAGUCAGCAGCAAACCUAACCAGGCAACUCGCAGAAGAGCAGCAGCCUAGUGAGGAGCUUGAGGCCUUGCUAAAUGAAGAGCAGCAGCAGCAGCAGCAACAGCAGCAACUGCAGCAGCAGCAGCAGCAGCAGCAGCAAGCACUGGAGUGGGAGCAGCAGCUGCAGGAGCAACAACAGCUAGAGGAAGGUUUGCGGCAGCAGCACAUAGUAGAAAGAGAACAGGAGGUGUUGCAGCGCGACAACCGACUUCAGCAGCAGCAGCAGCAGCAACUGCUGCUGCAGCAAAUCGAACAGCUCAAGUCUGAAGUCCAGAACUUAGAGCAGCAACGCGAGCAGAUGCAGCAGCAGCAACAGCAGCAACUGCAGCAGCACGCAGUGGAACGAGAAGAAGCGCAGCGGCAGCAAGCUUCUACUGCGUUGGAGCAUCAGCAGCAGGUGCAGCAGCUGCAGCAACAACUGCUGCAGCUGCAAGAGCAGCUGGAGGCAGAGAAGCGGCAGCACUCCAUAGAGAAACAAUCGAUGGAGCAAGUGCUGCAGCAAACGGAGCAGCAGCAGCAACAGCAGCAGCAAGCCAAAUGCCAAUUAGAAGAGACGCUCAAGGCGCUCGAGCAGGAGCGUCAGAAGCAGCAACAGCAGCAGCAGCUGCUGCUGCAGAAAGAGCAACAGCUGGUGCAACAGCAGCAGCAGCACGCGGAAGAACUGCGCAAGAAGCAGUGGGAAGUGCAACGGCUGCAGCAGCAACAGGAACGGCAGCAGCAGCAGCAGCAGCAAGAGAUGCAGAAGCUGCAGCACCUGCUGCAGAAGCAAGCUGCCGACGCUGCAGAGGUCCUCAAUGCAGCGCAACAGCGAGAGAAAGCUGCAGCAGGAGCUGCUUCUGCUGCUGUCUGUCGUGUUGAUGCUGCUGCUGCUGCUGCUGCUUCGGCCAGCGCUGCGGCAGUAGAGCUCUUCCAACAGUUGACUAAGCAGAUGCCUCUGCUGCAGCAGCAGCAGCAGCAGCAGCAGGAGCAGCACUCUUCCUCAGACGCUCUUGGAGGAGACUCGGCCAUCGUGGCUUCGCUGUCUGCGGCAUAUGAGGAGGAGAAACGGCUGUUGCAGCAGCAGCUGCAGCAGCAGCAGCAGAGGGCCGAGCUGCUGCUGCAGCAAAGGCAGCAACAAGAGUCUUGUGCUGCUCUUCGUGAGCGAGAACUUCUUCUGCGGCUGCAGCAGAUGCGAGGCAUCGCACUGGCGGCUUCGCAGGAGACAGCGGUGUUGGCUGUGCAGCUAAAGCUGUUGUGGGGACAUGCGCAGCAGCAGCAGCAGCAGCAACAGCAGAAGCAGCAGAAGCAGGAGCUGGAGGCGUACUCUGUGGAAAGUGACGUCUGUGCGAGGUUAGCAGCUGAGGGGGCUGAGGCAGAGACGAAAGUGCUGCUGGGGAAGUGCAACGAAAGAAUUGAGGAGACUGCUGGCCACAUGGCAACCUCGCUGCAGGAGCUGCAGCAGCAGAAGGAGCAGCUGCUGGAGACGAACCAACAACUAGAGCAGUCCCUUGUAGAAGCGCAGCAGCAGUUAAAAGCGCAAGAAGCAGCAGCUGCUGCUUACAUAGCAGAGCGUUCAACUGCUGCAGUGGUUGCAGCAGCAACGGCAGCAGCAGAACUUCGUCGUCAUCAAGCAGUGGACUGUGUAGAGCAGCAGCAAAAGGCGGCAGCAGUUGUUGCUACAAUAAAGGAAGCAGAAGCUAAACUGAGCGCUGUUGCAGCCGCAACAGCAGCAGCAGCAGAUGCAGCUUCAGAUGCUUGCAAGGUCCUUGCUGCUGCUGGCAGCAACAGGGACGCCUCCCUCCCAGAACCUGAAAGUCCCCCGCAGAAGCAGCCGCAGCAGCAGCCGCAGCAGCAGCAGCAGCAACAGCAACAAAAACAGCAACAGCAAACGUCGAAUGCCGAUUCUGCUGCAGGAGGUUGGGGUGAUGAGGACUGGCUGAGCGACAUAGGGGAAGACCAGCAGCAGCAACAGGAAUCACAACAACAGCAGCAGCAGCAACAACAGCAGCAGCCAGGACGGCAGCAGCAGCAAGAAGCGCAGCAGAAGCAAGAAAAGCAGCAGCAAGAAACGCAGCAGCAGCAAGAAAGAGAGCAGCAGCUGCUCUCUUCAGAAAGCCGAUGGGAGGCUGGAGAAGACUGGGAAGCGGAGCUGGUUGAGGAGCGAAAGCAGCAGCAGCAGCAUCUGCAGCAGCAGCAGCAGCAGCAGCAGCAACAGCAGCAACAGCUAGACUUGAUGCGAGCCGAUUCUUCGCUGGACCAGCAACAGCAGCAGAUGCAGCACCAGAAGCAGCAGCAGCAGCAGCAACAGCAGCACUACCCCACAACAGCAGCCAAUGGCUGGGAAGUGGAGGACUUCUCUGAAGACGAAUGGGGGCGCAGUUCGCAGCAGCAGCAGCAGCAGCAACAGCAGCAGCAAGAGGAGGGGGAGAGACAGCAGCAGGAGGUACUGGGAUGGCCUAGUGGAGGAGCUUCAACAUCGCCGUCGCAGCAGCAGCGCCAGCAGCAACAGCAGCACGGACAAGUGCAGCAGCAGCAGCAGCAACAGCAGCAGCAACAACAGCAACAGCAGCAGCAGCAGCAGCAACAGCAGCAGAAAGGCACUUCAGCAGAUGCUGAAAUAAGAGAAUGGGGCGGGGCAGAGCCGUGGGAUAUUGAAUUCCACAUCGAGCGGCUGUCAUGCAAAAGCCCCCCAGCAGCCGCUGCUGCUGCUGCAGCAGAAACACCGGCAGCAACAACAACAGCAGCUCCUGCAGCAGCAGGAACACCGGCAGAAUCAGCAGCUCCAGCUGCUGCUGCUACAAAAAAGGAUCCGCCUGCUGCUGAACAUGAAACUCCACUUGCUGCUCCAGGUCUCAGCUGCGAUGCAACUGCAGCAAGAAGUGUAGUAGCAUCGCCUGCUGCUGCUGCUGCAGCAGCAGCAGCAGGUGCAACCACUGCAGCAGCAGCAGCGUCUGAGGAAGAGGAUGUUGAUUUCCUAGAUGACUGGGGUGGCUCUUCAGCUAAGUUAAAUACCGAAAAACAAUCAGCAGCAGCUGCUGCAGCAGCACGAGCAGCAGGAGCUGGUGCAACACCAUCUGCUGCAGCAACACCAACAGCAGCACCUGCUGCAGCAGCAGCGUCUGAAGAAGAGGAUGUGGACUUACAAGAUGAGUGGGGAGUCGUAGCGCCUGCAGCAGCAGCACCUGCUGCAGCAUCACCUCCUGUAGCAGCACCUGCUGCAGCAACACGAGCAGCAGCACCUGCAGCAGCAGCACCUGCAGCAGCAGCACCCGCAGCAGCGGCAGCAGCGUCUGAAGAGGAAGAUCUGGAUUUCGAAGAUGAUUGGGGAGUUCAGCCGACAAGCAUGAAGGCACGCACACCAGCGGCAGCAGCCCCAGCAGCAGCAGCAGCAGCUCCUGCUGCAGCAGCACCCGCAGCAUCAGCAUCUGAAGAGGAGGAUAUUGAUUUUCAGGAUGACUGGGGAGAACCGCCAGCUCAGAUGGGGCAGAGGAAGCAAACAGAAGCAGCUGCUGCUGCGACAAACGUGGCGCAGGCACCCGCAGCAGCAGCAGCAGCAGCAGCAGCAACGGCUCCUGCUGCUGCUGUACGGGAGGAUGUCGACUUGGAAGCUGAUUGGGGAGCCCCAGCAAUUCACAAGAAGGAACCUCUGCCUGAGGCCAUCCAUGCAGCAGCAGCAGCGCCUGCUGCAGUAGCACCUGCUGCAGCAGCAGCUGAAGCCGCAGCAGGCCCAGCAGCAGUGCCUGCAGCAUCAGCAGCACCUGCUGCAGCAGCAUCUGAUUCAGAAGAGGACUUCGACUUCCAAGAUGACUGGGGAGCGCCUGAAGCUGCUCCCAAGACAAGCGAAGGAACAGCGGCAGCAGCAGCAGCAGGCCCAGCAGCAAGAACUGCAGCAGGCUCCUCUACAGCAGCAACAGCAACAGCAGCAACAGCAGCAGCAGGAGCUACAUCAGGCUUGUUUGCAGCAGCGGCAGCAGCACGAGAAGCAGCAGCUGCUGCUGAAGAAGAGGACCUAGACCUCGACGAUGAGUGGGGCCCCACAACAACCCAAGAAGAGACAACUGCAUCAAUUAAAGUAGCAGCAGCAACACCUACUGCAGCAACGGCGCGUGCGCCAGCAGCAGCAUCUGCUGCCCCCGCUGCAGCAGGAGCACUUACGCCAGCGGUAGCAUCUGCAGCACCUGCUGCACCUGCGGCACCUGCUGCAGCACGAGCAGCACCUGCAGCGGCAGCAUCUGAAGACGAGGACCUGGACUUUCAAGACGACUGGGGAGUUGCAGCAGGCGGCGUAGACACAAACAAAAGAAUGUCAGCACUUGCAGCCGCAGCAGCACCGGCAGCAGCAGGCCCGUCAGUAUCACCAACGCAUGCAGCAGCAGCAGCACAACCAGCAGCAGCAACGGCAGCAGCAGCGUCUGAAGAAGACGAUCUGGAGUUCGAAGAUGAUUGGGGAGUGCCAGCAGCACAGGACGGCUUAAAGGCCCCCUCAGCAGCAGCAUCACCAGUAGCAGCAGCAGCACCAACUGCUGCAGCAGAGACAGCUACGGCAGCACGCGGGAAGACGAGAGCCGCAGCUACAGCAGCAAAUUUUGCUGCAGCAGGUGAGGAGGAGUCUUUGAGCCUUGAUGAUGAGUGGGGGCCCCUCGGGGGAGAGGAAGAUGCAAAGCAUGCAGCAGCAGCAGCAGCAGCAGCAACAGCAGCAGCACCAGCUGCUGCUGCUGCUGCUGGGGAAAACGACCUUGACUUUGCCCUGGACGACUCUUGGGCUGGUGAGGGCCUUGAAGCCUCUCCACAAGUUUUAGGAGCAACUGCAGCAGCAGCAGCAACCGCUGUGCAGCAGCAGCAGCAGCAACAGCAGCAGCAGCAGCAGCAGCAGUGGACACGAAGGGGCUUUUCACCAGCUGCUCCAAAUCCUGCCCCGAAUGCGGAAGACAUCGAUCUCGAAGCGCUGCUGCGAGACUGA